AGGAUGAUUUCAUCAAGCCUUUUCCUGAUUUUACAGCUCUAUUGGACAAUGUUCGAUUGCAUUUUCUGAACAAUUUCAACAUUACCACGGAGGGAAAAGCUGUCUAAAACCUGAACAGUGAAUGACGGUCGAAAUUACAGCGACAAAUGAACAGGUUUGGUCAACAAAGAUGGCGAUUUCAAAUCCAUUCAAAACUUUGCAAGGUCGUAUUUAGAAAAGGUUUUUUUUUUCUAUCUUGUUACUAAUUGACAGACGAAGGUAACCUACUGAAAUGGAAUGAUUGAUUCAAAGCCUAAAUAAGUGGUCUAACUUUUAUGUGAUGUCGCAAGAUUUCACAUACGCCUAAAUCUUUAGUGUUAUCGCAAGUGAUUGGCGUUAUAGCACUGAAAUACGAUACAAUUUCAGAGCCACCGAGGAAGACGAGAUUACUCCUCAUGUGUCAAAUGCAGCUUUUGGCUUCGUAUGUAUGCCGUUUAAUCUUUUCUGCACGGAUCGUUGUCGUUUGUAUGUCUCUGUCUGUUAUACGCACCUAUCGCCUAGCAACCUACUCUAAAAUUUUUUUUUAAAUUUUGACAUCCCCGGCGUAACUGCCAAAUUUCAAUCAUUAUUUGAAACGGCGAGAAAUCCGACAAUUUUAAAAUAAGCGUAGGUAGUCUACUAACUAAAGACGCCAUGAAUAGUUUCGUAACCAUUGACGCGUCAAGUUUGACUUGCUUGUUGGAACUUGGACUGUGACUAAACAAGAUUGAGAGUUAACUAAUAUGCUCUUUAUCUCAUCGGAUCAUAAGUUUUUGACGAUAAGGAAGAUGGAUCGGUCGACCGUUGGAGAGGUGUAGGCGGCUUGAGGAUCUCGCUGUAUAUUUACUGUAGUGGCCCGCAGUCACGCCCAAAACCGUUCGGCAAGGCAGAAAUCAUGCUCAACUUUAUUUGGCAAUGGAUUUUGUAUCUGAACGAACCCAUACACGUCGCCAAUAUUCAACGCCAUUUCGGUCUCGAGAGGAAAGAAUCGCCAACAUUCAAAAAUUCCACCCAAUGUGCAACAACAAAUGGCCAUUCUACGCCCACCGAUAAAGUAAAAGAAGUGAGUACGUCCAGUAGUGAUGGAGAAUCAUCAGAAUCUGAUUUGGAUCCACAACACUAUGUUAUUCACAACUACUAUUGGUACUGGAUCUUCAAAUUUGGAACAACCCUUGGAGAAGAGAUAUUCUAUGCUUCUGUGUUUCCUUUCUGGUUUUGGAACAUUGAUGGAGCAGUCGGGAGACGAAUCAUCAACAUUUGGGCCCUUUCCAUGUUCAUCGGGCAAUCAUUGAAGGAUAUUGUCUGCUGGCCAAGACCCCAAUGUCCACCAGUUAUCAGGAUGGAGAAUAAAUGGGCCCUGGAAUACGGCAUGCCUUCAACUCACGCCAUGGUUUCUGUAACAGUGCCUUUCUCGGUCAUUCUGCUCACCGCCAAUCGUUACGAGUACCCGGUAUACAUCGGCGUUGCCAUUGCAUUCACCUGGUGUGUCUUGGUCUCAACCAGCCGGCUUUACUUGGGAAUGCAUUCCGUAGCUGACAUACUUGGUGGAUUGGCUCUUGCCGCUUUACUUUUGCCCGUGCUUUUGCCUCUAGUCGACACCCUCGACGCCUUCUUGUUGACUCACCCCGCUGCUCCUGGCCUUCUGAUCACGACGACGGUGACCCUAAUGUUAUUGUACCCUGGUUCUAAAUUCUCGUCUGCCAAAGAGGACACGGCCGUUAUUCUGGGCUCAUCUAUGGGUCUACAGCUAGGUGGCUGGAUUUGUUUCCAGAUGGGCUCUAUUCGUGGCCCACCUAUCAAACCGCCUUAUUCCAUCAUCUGGCCCUCAUACGAGAUGCUGGGUCUGUGCCUUCUGCGUACAAUCAUUGGCUUAAUCACAGUAGUGGCAACGCGGGCUGUUGCCAAGUCUGUGUCGUACGCUACUAUGAGAAGAGUCGUUUCUACCUUACGCAAUAGAGACAAGUUGACAAAAGAGGACGCACAAGAUGUGGAAUUGUUCGUGAAAUUAGGCAGCAAAUUGUUGACCUAUGCCGCCAUCGGCAUCGACGUUGUUUGCCUUGCUCCGGCCGCCUUCCGGUUUCUCAACAUCGAAAGACCGACGUUUCAUACUGAAAUUUAGAUUUAUCCGUGUCGUCGUAGUGAGAAGAAAAAAAAAAUCUUAAUAUUUAAAUAAAAAGCCUUUAAAAAAAGAUUACCAAAUGUGCACAGAAUACGAGUGCCUUCGUUCAAAUGUACAUACCAAUAUAGAUUGUGCCUCGAUAUAUUGUUUCCCUUUUCCUUUCCUUUUUUGUUUUUUCCUGACUUUUUCUAAUAAUGUAUUACAAAUAGAAAGUCUUGAGAAACUGUAUGUAUCGUACCAAUGCGUUGUUGAGUUCCGCUUUGGUGGAAAGCGCACAUUGGUCAGAAACGUUAUCCUCAUUUGAAAAUAAACACACAUUCCAAUGUCGAACAGCAUUUUUUUUUUUUCUUUUCGUUUUCUUCUAAACAGUAUCUCAACGUCAAUUUUUGCUGCUAUCUUGGCGAUCUAGCCUUGAACUGUAUUGGUCUACCUAUAAAAAUCACGAAGUCAGCGCAUGUGUUCACGUCCCAUACCGCGCAACAAGGAUGUAACUAUCCCAAUAUUGGGACAAGAUAAACAUCGAAAGAUGAUUAGCUUAAUCAAAUGACGACAUCAGAAAGUUCAACUCAUCUCAACACAGACGCGUGGCAGAUAAUUUUGGCAGGCUUUAUACAAUCCAAGUAGCCUACAUUUACUGUUUGUUGUACCUUAAAAAAAAAACUGUAUUAAAAAUGGGUUGAAAAAAAAAAAA